AUGUCUAAUCUACAUCCCAACGACUAUACCGAGGGAUCAGAAUAUUCGUUCUCCCCCGAACCUGUUACGCCAGUCGACAUAGUCCAGUCAACUCGCAAACAUACAGUUGGAUUCGCCGCCCAACCCACCACAAUGGAGAAUUCGUCUCGCGAUCCUCCCUCCGAGUCGCCCUUUGCCGACCCUCCAGAGAAACCGUCAGCCUCAGUUUCAAACAAGCAGCCAACGGUCGCUGAUGUAGGUUUCGGCUAUGUUUCUGAUAAUCAGCCGGAGCGAGGUGUUCCCGGUUCUUCAACCACCGCUCCAAAUUCACCACUCAAGAGCGCCAUGAAAGUGCCUGGGACGCCGGGCCGUUUUGGAAAUGCGAACCCACUGAGCCCAACGUUUAGAGAAGAACAGAUUCUCGAAAUCCAUGAAAAAGACGCUGAAGAGGAAAAUGCAAAGGACCUGAAAAUCAAAACACGAGUCCGCCUGUCGAAGAUUAUGCUCCGUGGUGUCAACUUCUCCUGCAGCUUGAUCGUCCUGGCGUUACUUGCUCAGUCAUUCAUCAUUUUCCGCACAACCAGGCAUUUGGACUCCAGAAAUGGACUGACCCCUUGGGACCCUAACACCAGGCCCUGGCCACAAAUUCUCAUUCUAGUCAUGACCUCCGUCAACAUGUUCCUGUCUCUACUCGUGAUUUGGAACAAUUGUCGUGGAAAGGAACGUCCUGCUGCUAUCCUUCAGAACAGUAAAGAUAGCGGAGAUGGCAAGGAUCUUUGGGGAUGGUCUUGUAAAGACAAUCUACGAUCCACAUUGUUCAAAGAGUUGGUCGACUAUGCCCUAGUUUGCCGUAUGCAGGAUUGGACACUCGUUUGCAUUAUCAUAGAGGUCGUUGUGGAUACUAUUACGGUCGCCAUCUAUGCCGUGGUCUUCUAUCGCUUCUACUCCAAGCACAAACUACGCAAAUCUAUGAACGUUCGUGACAAGGCUAGAUCGGAUCUCUACCUUGCCAACCUGCGUGUGCAAACAGCCCCUAACACUCCUGGAUUCGCACGAAGCCCGGCGAUGACAACAAACCCGUAUUCUGCUGCUGAAAAUGGACAGAUGAAUGAGUACUACAAGCCACAAUACGCCAAUCCAUCUCCUGUCACCACUACCAAUAAGCCAUUCCAACUGCAGCCUCCCCCAUCUAGGUCAUCCAGCAGCAUCCACAACUCGCCUCAUACUGAGAUGCACAACCCCCCUCUCAGCCCUGGCAUGGCGGAACGAGUGAACCAGCAUAUUUCUGCUGCACCAGGUGAACAAUCAUAUGCUGCUGUGCCAAUCCCCGGCGCUUAUAGGAGUCCCAGCUUCGCUCCUCAGGGGAUGACACUCCCCAAUACCCCUGGUAUUGGGAUAGCGAUUUCGGACAACGCUACUCAUACUCGCGACACUUCAAGGUGA